ACCCUUGAAGGCAGCAUGAGACUGCCACUCAGUCAGAAGUUCGCUGUGAAGUUCACGGAUUCAUUUCUCGCGUGUCUCCACCAGGGGGCACAGCCCGGGGCAGGCUCGACACAAACCAAGCUUCUCCUCGUACCAUGAGCUGAAUCUGUCCGGGACAGACCAGGGAAGAUGGCGGCCACUGACCAUUCCCGGUCCGAAGCUGCCAAACAGCGACGGCAGGAUCAGCUGCAGCGAUGGCUGGGCUCGGAGACGGAUCAGACAGGGUCGCAGACCCGGGGAACUUUGAGCGGUUCCGGGACGCGGCGGGCGAAGGUCCGGUUCGCCCAAGGAGCCGUGUUUAUGGCCGCCUGCUCCGCCGGAGACCGGGAGGAGGUGGCAGCGCUACUCCGGCAGGGAGCCGACAUCAACCACGCCAACAUAGACGGACUGACAGCGCUUCAUCAGGCCUGCAUUGAUGAAAAUGCUGAGAUGGUGCAGUUUCUGGUGGAGAGCGGGAGUGAUGUGAACAGAGGGGACAACGAGGGCUGGACUCCUCUGCACGCUGCAGCUUCCUGCGGCUUUAUCCAGAUCACUAAGUACCUGAUAGAACACAGCGCUCAUGUCGGGGCGGUGAACAGUGAAGGAGAGCUUCCUCUGGACGUGGCCACAGAAGACGCCAUGGAGAGGCUUCUCAAAGGUGAAAUCAAAAAACAAGCUAUCGAUGUGGACAAGGCCCGAAAGGAGGAGGAGAGGGUCAUGCUCGUGGACGCCACGGCGGUGCUGGCGGGAGGUGGCACCCUCACACCUCACCCAAACACCAAGGCAACCGCUCUGCACGUUGCUGCUGCCAAAGGCUACAUCGAAGUCCUGAAGGUGCUGUUACAGUGCGGGGUGGACGACGUGGACAGCAGGGACACCGACGGGUGGACGCCUCUGCAUGCGGGAGCUCACUGGGGGCAGGAGGAGGUGUGCUCCCUGCUGGCGGACAACAUGUGUGAUAUGGGUGCCGUCAACAAUGCGGGCCAAACACCUCUAGAUGUUGCAGACGAGAAGCUCGUGGACACUCUGGAGGAGCUGCAGAAGAAGCAGAAUGCAUUACGCAGCGAGAAAGAGAAACAGGCUGCUGUUAUUGAGACCAACUCGCAAAUCUCCAUGGUACCAGUCCGUACACGCAGGACUUCUAUCUCUCGUAUGAGCAGUAAGGAGAAGUUCUGCCUCCACGAGCGGGAGAAGCACCCACCUCCUGCCCUGCAGAGCAGCCCGGCCGAGGACGAGGAGGAGGAUGGUCAGACGGGACAGAGCCAGCCUCAGAGCCAGGGGAAGGCCUCCAGCAGCUCCAGCUCGGAGGAGGAGAGCGAAUCGGAGAGCGACGCAGAGUCGGAAAAAGCGAAAAACAGGGAGAUCAUUAACAACUUGAACAACAAACGCAACACCACCAGCCUGCUUCCUACCUCCAUGCCAAUGAGCACUGCAGCCAGCCAAGUGAAAAAGCAGGACCCAGGCAAGCCCCCGGCCCCCGAGGCCCCGUGCUCCUGGAGAACGUCUCUGAGGAAGGCAGGCAGCUCAGUGACUCUGGGCUCAGCUGGACUGUCUGACACCAGCCAGGACCCCAGCCGACCUCCAGAGACUGUCCUGGGCAUGACCCGCUCUGCCUCCAGCCCCCGCCUCAGCUCUGAGGCCGACACCAAGGAGCCGAGGCUCGCUCGGGUACCGCCAAUCCCAACACGGAGACUCUUCAGUAUUCCAGACAGUAGCCCUGACAACUCCAACAGUUGGCUAAGUCGUAGCUCCUCUUACACCCGGCGCAUUCAUAGUCAAUCAGGAAAUGAUCUCACUAGUUCCACCCCCUCUUUGCUUCUUCACAGCUCAUCUUAUGGAAAGAGACUGGAUGACCCCACCGUGACCUCAGCAAGCACAGGAACAAGCUCUGCUGGACUCAGCCGCCUUAAUAGUGUCUCGUCCCAGAGACUUUCUCAGGAACAGACAGAAAAGAAGGAUCGAUCUGCUGUCACCACCUCCUCCAACUCUCGGAGCACGUCCACAGGAGAGCAGGAGGCCAAGCAGAGGCGCAAAUCUUAUCUGACGCCAGUGCGGGACGAGGAAGCAGAGGCACAGAGGAAGGCUCGCUCCAGACAUGCACGGCAGUCCCGCCGCUCCACUCAGGGGGUGACACUAACAGAUCUGCAGGAGGCAGAGAAGACAAUGAAGACGGACAACAAAGGGAGAGAAAAGGAGGAUGAGGAGAAGGAGAAAGAGAAGGAAAAAGAGGCAAAAGCGAAAAAGGGAGAGGAGGGGGAAGUGAGCUGGAGGUCUCGUAUUGCCAGUCUGCAGAAGUCUGACUUGCUGGGCCUCACUCAGCCUGCUGGCACUCCCCGCCCUCAGACAUCUGACAGGAGAGAUGUUGAGGCCAGCACUGGGGAGAGCGAGACAGAGCGAUGGGCCAGGGAACGCAGGGAGAGGAGACAAGCUCGGGCCAGAAGGAAGGCACAGAGGACCGGGGAGAGUGAUGACAAUGAUCCUAGUGGAGAGGAAGAGUUCUCAGGCAGUGGGCUGGAUCCACAGACAAACCAACACUUGAGUUCCAGGUCCUUUAACGACUGCACCCAGGGAGGAGGCUCUGACAGCAACGAUUUUAAGAAGUUGUUUGAGGAUGUCUCCAGAGAAAAUAGUCAGCUCCAGUCUCAACUGCAGGACACCCAGAGGAUUAUCAGUCAGACCAGGUUGGAUCUGGAAAAGGCAACACAGAGACAGGAGCGCUUCAGUGACUGUUCAGCCUUGCUGGACCUGGAGAGAAAGGACCGGAGGAUGUUGGAGCGGCGAAUGGCAGAGCUGGAGGAGGAGCUAAAGUAAUACAGAAUGAAUAGGUUCUGGUUGAUUUGAGAGCAGACAACCAGCGGCUUAAAGAUGAAAAUGGAGCACUGAUCCGUGUCAUCAGCAAACUCUCCAAAUAGGCGGAGAGAGAGAGACACGAAGAGCAGGGAACCCCCCCCCUCCCCCCCUCCCCCUCCCUCCCUCCCGCCAUCCAUCCAUCCCUCCCUGCUUCCACACAUUCCUCCAAGUGCCAAAGAGUGAGAGAGCGAGGGGGAGAGCAGCAGCAGAAUGUCCCAUGUACAUGAACACCACAGCUUGACUUGGAUUGUGAUGCCUCUGUGAGAACAGCUGGAGUGGCUUUUGUGUGCCUUACAGUGCAUUUGUCACAGGAAGACCGGCAGCAUGAAGGCCUGUGGCUCUGGUCAGAGGCUCCCACAGCAGCAACAUGAGCCGCGACAACAGCCAGAAUGCCCACGGCUGGUGCAGCACACAAACCAUCUACUACGACUGUGCAUCAGGGGAACACUAACGUGCACACACAUUCCUAUGCGUGCAUCAUAUACUUCCUCCGUGCACAUUCCACGAGCGCACAAGGCAGCUUUGGCCUUAAAGCUCCCACUUAGUAUUUAUUUUUUUGUGAACACACUCACAUCACAAAUUCACGAAUUUACCCCACUCACAGUUCAAAUCUAACGUGUUGUCAAGCAGUAAAGGUUUUGGUGUAGUUCCUUUUUUUUUUUCUUCUUCUUCUUCUUUUACAAGCAGCUCUGAAACACGUUUUGGGCUCGGUCCUGACGACGGGGGAAGUCCACAGAACUCUGUUGGGUUGUUUGGUCUCCACAUGCAAGUGUUUGAACCCACCUACCUCUCCACCUAUGCACUUCCCCACAUCCAUUUUUAUUUUUGUGACCACAGACACACUUCAUGCUCUUAAAAAUGACCGCAGAACCAGGUCAGUCGACCACAGCACUUUACUCUCUGCAAAGCAAUAACAGAAGUGUGACGCUUUGCCCGUCCUCCAGACAGACAAACGUAUUUCGGAGCAGCACCCUCUCACUUGUCAGUGGAGGGAGAAGUUACCCAUAGCUGAAGGUCAAAGGUCAUUGCACAAUUAUAAGAAUUGCUGGUCUGUCAAAGCCUAUUAUGCUAUAGAUGGUUUUAAAUAUUACCAUUGAUAAAGAUAUUAUUUUCAUAGUUUUUCAUUGUCAAUUAUUGUCUUGCAAUGGAGCAGCAUGGUUAUGUAUAUUGUAUGUGUAUAAAUAUUAGUCUUGAAUAAUACCCCCUUUUUGAAGUACAAUUCCAUGUAGCUUUUCUUCACAUGUUGGUUUUCUAAUAUAUUGAAUGGAUGUCUGCACCCUAAUAAAAAAAAAACGUGUGUUUGUAGCGA